AUGAUGAUUACUCCACUCCACCGCUUCAGAGAUAUUGAACGGAAGCCUGAGUACCUGCAGCCAGAGAAGUGUGUCCCACCUCCGAGCCGCGCCGCCCUGGGAACCAUGUGGUUUAUCCGAGAUGGCUGUGGCAUUGCGUGUGCUGUCGUCACCUGGAUGCUGGUGUUCUAUGCUGACUUUGUAGUCCUCCUUGUCAUGCUGGUUCCAUCAAGAGAUUAUGUUUAUAGUGUCAUCAACGGCACACUCUUCAACACCUUGGCUUUCCUGGCUUUGGCUUCACAUUUUCGUGCUAUGCUGACAGACCCAGGUGCUGUACCCAAAGGUAAUGCCACAAAGGAGUUCAUUGAGAGUUUACAGCUAAAGCCAGGACAGGUGGUUUACAAGUGCCCAAAAUGUUGUAGCAUCAAACCUGACAGAGCACAUCACUGCAGUGUUUGCAAGAGGUGUAUUCGGAAAAUGGACCAUCACUGCCCCUGGGUCAAUAACUGCGUAGGAGAGAACAACCAGAAGUACUUUGUACUGUUUACAAUGUAUAUAGCACUGAUUUCCCUGCACGCUCUAAUCAUGGUGGGAUUUCACUUCUUGUAUUGCUUUGAAGAAGACUGGACAAAAUGCAGUUCCUUCUCUCCACCAACCACAGUGAUCCUCCUCAUCCUCCUGUGUUUUGAGGCACUGCUGUUCCUCAUCUUCACCUCGGUGAUGUUUGGGACCCAAGUACACUCUAUUUGCACUGAUGAAACGGGUAUUGAGCGCCUUAAAAACCAGAAGCCAACCUGGGAGCAGAUCAGCGGCUGGGAAGGAAUGAAGCUGGCCUUUGGUGGUGCCUUCUCCCCGGGCUGGUUCAACCCCUUCUCGGAGCUGAAGUGCACAGGCUCUGCACCGGCUGAGGCGGCGCCAGCGGCUCCUGCAUCUGCAAUUCUGACCCAGGAGGAGAUCGAGCAGCUCCUGGCUCGGGAUGUUGCCGUCCAGGUGUUCCCUGAAUAA